UGUGGACAUGGCACAGAAUAGAUAAUAUAAUAAUAUCAUAGAACAAUAAUACAAUAUGAAUAUAAUCAGAUAAUGAUAAGAAAAUUAAUGUUUAUUUUAUUAUUUUGUGAUAUUAAUUAAUAUAUAAAAAUAUAUAAAUCUAUCGGACUUAUUUAUAUUUAUUCAUUAUUGUUAUUUGUUACAUUUAAUGAUAUUUCAAUAGUUAUUACAUUUAUUUAUUCAAUCAAAAUCGUCACUAAUGAACAUCAAAAUAAAUUAAACUUACAUUUUUAGUAUAACCAUGGGUUGGAAUAUUUAUAAAUUGUUGUGUUGCUGUGGCAGUUCUAAUGAAUCAACUAGAGUCGAUUUGGCAAUUGUCCGAGAACAACAAGCUGCAGCUGCUGAAAAACGUUUAAGAGAACAAGAAAGCCGAGGUAUUAAGAAUCCAGAUCGUGUCAAACGCAUGCAACGAGAACAACAAAAACGUGAUGAAGAAGCUAAUAAAACUGCUAAUAUGGGGACAAGUACUGGAUUAAAGUGGCAAGUCAGUUAAUUAUUCAAAGUAUUCAAUUUUAUACUUCCAUCAGCAAAAUAUGUAUUUAUUAAUCUACUAAAUGAUGUUUUAAUUAUUACUAUCUGUAAUCACUUAUGUAUAUAACCUGUAAUCACAGAUAUAUAUAUAUAAUAAGUUAUUAUAUACCAUAUUUGUGCCUGUAAUAUUCAUCUAGUUAUAAUUUUAUUUUUAUAAAUAUAUUUUUAUCAGUUCAUUAUUA